UGCCGCCGCCGCCACCACCAUGAACGGCACGCAGACCGCGAGACACGGCAGACCUGCCCCCGCGGGACCCACUCCUCCAGCACCCGCCGCCGCACCACCCGUACCGCCAAAUACGGCACACACCCAGCCUGGGACGCGUCCACCCAACGGGGCGCCCGCGAAUGGCACACAUCCGCCCCCGCAGAAGGGCAAGAAGAAGGCCCCAGACCAGCCUGUGGACCCCACGCAGAUGUACGAGACGCUGAAGAACCGCAUCGCGGCGCUGGAGGAGGAGGAGGUGCACGAAGAGGAAGAGGAGAGGCGAUUCACCGAGGAGGCACAGAAGUCCGUCUCCGGAAUGACUGAGACGGCCAUACAUGCCAAAUACAUCGAGCUAUUCGCGGAACUCAAACGACUGGAACGCGACCACGCAAAGGAGAAGCAAAAGCUGACCAAAGACAAGGAUGCGGCCAAGGGUCAGUUAACGAAGGCGAACCAGACCAAGACCAAGAUGGAGAACCUUGCCCGGGAGCUGCAGAAGGAUAACAAGAAACUAAGGGAAGACAGCAAACGACUAGCCACAUGCGUAGAGGAGGCGCAAGACGAGAUCAUGCAGAUGAAGAGCGACAUGGCGAAACGUGCGGAGCGCGCGAAGGUGCAGGAGAGCAAGUACCGCGAGAUGCCCGACAUCGUCGUGCGCGUCGUGUGCAAGUACCGCGCCGAGCUCUACUUCAAGAUCUCGCGCAAGACGAAACUCUCGCGCCUCUUCAACGCGUGGACGGACCGCAUGGAGACAAACAUGGGCGGUGGCGCGUCCGCCGCGGGAGCAAGCACCGUCAGCGCGGGUCCGGGCAAGAAGGGCAGCAGCCCGCAGCCGAACGGGAUGGUGCGCUCGGACGCGGCAAGCACGAGCGGGUCGUCUCUCGCUGGCGCGAGCUCGAUGCAGUUCAUAUUCUCGCACGGCGGGCGCACACUCGAGCCGGACCAGACGCCGGAGGAGGCAGGCAUCGAGGAUGGAGACGUCAUCUUGGCUGUUGAGAUGAUGGACCUCACGGAGGGGUCCGGCACGGAGGAGCUGGACGACGGCCCUCAGCCUGUGCGACAGAAGCUCAAGAAGGAGUGGGUGGAGAACCCAACAGAAGCACGGAAGACUCUCCAGAGCAUAUUCGACGAAGUUGUGCGCGAGCGCUUGAAGGAGGUUCUCCGACAGUAUAAGCUGCGAGAAAGCCACUUUGAGUGCGUCGUGCGAUCGAAGGAGCUCGAGGUCCUCUUGUCCCGCGCGCGAGCAGCGGAGCAGAAACAGCUCGCAGACGCUGAGAAGGCGCGAGCCGACAAAACGGACGAUGAGAUAAAGGCUCUACGUAAAGAGCUGGACGAGGCGACAGAGCAGCAGACAAUCCUCAUCAACAAGCUCCUAUCGUGUUGUCACGAACCCGACAGCGAGCGAACACGACAAUUCCUACAAUCCCUACACGGCGCGCUACACAGCAAAGACAUACACAAGUCUGUGCCUGUGGACGGGGACAAGGGGAAUAAUCGGCGGGCGGAAGGCUCGUGACAGUGAACGUGGCGGGUGUGUGUUGGACGGGCUAUUCUAUACGUGUACCGUCCCUUGCAUGCUCAUCGAAGUUCACCGUUCUGUUUUCAC